AUGUCAAUCGUAGUUCAAUCGACAUUCCAAAACGAUAUACAGUACAACUCGAAGGAGAAAUCACAACCUAGAACAUUUUGGAUUUUACGCGAGUACGGAGAUGCCCUGGAUGAGUAUCGUAUAACUGUAGAUCAAGAUGGUAAUUAUUGUAGUGAGGAUGUGAAAUUUCAAAGCAUCUCUAAGAAUUUGUACAAGCUAGUGAUAAAUUCUACGACGACGUACAAUUUACAUGGCCCUAGCAAUCAUUUCCCAUUCGGGUCGAAUCCCCACGUUAAUAUUACAGCUGUAGCAGUCCAUUCGAACCUUAUGGCUGUUGGCGAUUCAAAUGGAUCUAUAAAUAUUUUAAACAGGAUAACUGAUAAGAUUGUCCUAACCAUUACACAGGCACAUUUUUCAGAUAUAACCUCAUUAAAGUUCUUUCCUUCGGGGAAAGUGUUGAUCUCAGGAUCUUUGGAUAUGCAACUCAAGCUCUGGUCUGUGGCUGAUGGGUCUAACCCAAGAACUUUAGUAGGACACAAAGGAGCCAUAACUGGGAUCAGCUUGUUGGGAAAAACUGGAAGAAACUUGCUAAGUAGUUCCAACGAUGGUACUGUGAAACUUUGGGAAACCGGAUCGGCACUGAAUUUGCAUUCCUUCAAAAGGAUAUCUAAUUUAAACGAUCUGGCUACAUGUAUAUGUAGCUACAAGCAAAAGGAGGCUAGCCACAUGCAAGAUACGGCUGAAGAAGAAGGAGAACUGGACAUCCAGACAGACGGCUUGCAUUUCGAGACUACGGGCAUACGGGUUUACGUGGGGUAUGAAUCUGGAAAUAUACAAGAGUUCAAUGUACAAGAACAUUCACAAACAAGUGUAAAGUUCCCGCAAAUUGGUGAUUCUAUUUCAGUAACAGCCUUGUCGAUGGUGAGUGGAGAAAACUUAGUGAUUGCUGGAUACAGCAACGGAGUAGUGAAAAUCUGGGGUAAAGAGAAAACUAUUGAGUAUGCAUUCCCGGAACAGAUCAUAAAUAUAGUUGGGCAAGAAAGAGCGUUCAUAGUCAACUCAGGAGGCAAAUCCUUCAAGCUUAUCUACAAUAAGGAAGCAGAAGAAUUGCAGCUUGACCUGUAUAUGAUUGGAAUUGAGCUGGUCAAUGAUAUAGCAUGCGAUGGAAAAUUCACUGCUGCAGGAGGAAAGGAAGGGUUAGUUGGAUUCAAGUAG